GUCGGGCGGACGGACAGCGUCGCUGAUCGCCGCUCAGGCGGAAGAUCGUGUGGAGGCCGGCUGCCGUCGUCUGUCCGUCUGUCCGUCUGUCUGCCCGUCCCGCGGGGGCUGAGUGAGGAGGGGUGUAUUCGGUCGCCCCGGGAGAGUAGAUUGUGAAGGAGAAGAGCGCGGGGGGCGAGGAAGAUGUCGCGCAGCCUGUGGAUGGGCGAUUUGGAAAAUUAUAUGGAUGAAAAUUUCAUCUCAAGGGCAUUUGCCACAAUGGGUGAAACAGUAAUGAGUGUAAAAAUUAUUCGUAAUCGAGUGACUGGGACACCCGCAGGUUACUGUUUUGUGGAGUUUACAGAUCAGGCAACUGCAGAACGAUGCCUGCUUAAAAUCAAUGGAAAAAAACUUCCAGGUGCUUCACCUCAGCCCAGAAGAUUUAAGCUUAACUAUGCCACUUAUGGAAAGCAGCCAGAUAACAGUCCUGAAUACUCAUUGUUUGUUGGAGAUUUAACCGCAGAAGUGGAUGAUGGAAUGCUUUACGAAUUUUUCGUUGAAAAAUAUCCCUCAUGUAGAGGCGGAAAAGUGGUAUUGGACAAUCUAGGAAACUCCAAAGGUUACGGCUUUGUGAAGUUCUCGGAUGAAGCUGAACAGAAGCGAGCACUUGCCGAGUGUCAAGGUGCCAUUGGCAUCGGAGGAAAAGCUUUAAGGCUGAGUGUGGCAAUACCAAAAACAAACCGUGUAGUGAAGCCACCAGACUACAACCAGACAUAUACCUACAACUACAGCCAGUAUUACCAGCCAUACCAGAAUUACUAUACUCACUGGGGAUAUGAUCAGUACACUGGCAGUUAUAGCUACAGUUACCAACAAUAUGGUUAUACACCCAAUACCAUGCAGAAUUACGAAGAAGUUGGAGAUGAUGCUCUGGAAGAUCCAGUUCCUCACUUGGAUGUCGAAGAAGCUAACGCACAAUUCAUGGAACAGAGUGAGGAGUUCUACGACGCACUCAUGAAUUGCCAUUGGCAGCCAUUGGACAGCGUUGCAUCUGAAAUCCCUGCAUCGGCCAUGGCCUAGCAGGUUAACAUUGCUUCAAAAAACCAUAAUUCCAGAUAAUCAGUGGGAUGUGUUUAUCCCUUCGCUCUCAUGAUUUUCUGGUUAUGGCAUAAUUCUUGUUUAAUAUGGUUCUUACUGUGACAAAACAAAUGCUGCAUCCUCUUGUUCUGAUUUUGUGCAACGUUUUAAGCAAUCGAUAAUUUCAAAAGAUUUUUUUAUUUAAGAAAGUGGAUCUGCUUCCCACAAUGUUAGAGUUAGGGCUGUCCAACUAUUUAAUUCAUAGUUUUGGAAUGUUUUAAAAUAUGAUUUUAAAUAGGAGUAGGUGAGCCUUAGAUGUUACAUGGCGUUUUCAUAACCAUGAGUAGAGGUUCAUAGGUAUUACAUGAAUCAUAACACCAAAGAGUGCCUUAUGAUUCUUUUUUUGCAUAUGUUAUAUUUUUACACAAUGAGUUUAAAGACUAAACAAUUCAAAUACCCACCGUAACAAAGAUUCCUCGCAUUAUGUCUGUAUUUUUGCUUAAGUACAACAUUCGACAAUGCAGAAUUUACAAUGUUAUUAAUAUUCACAUUUAGAGCCUGAUACAGUACUGGUUUAUUCACUACAUACUUGUGUGUGUGCAUUUAUGUCAUGAAUUUUGAUACUUCUAAUCCUCUGGGGAAGUUUUGUGUUAAAAUCUCCCUAGGCCAGCUGAAAAAAAGGUAUCAUUAUGAUGUAUCAUUGUGAACCUUUGAACAGUAGAGGAUUCGUUUUUGUUUUUAAGAUUCUCAAAACAGGACGUAAUGGUAGUUGUGAUUAAAAAGUGACUGUAGGACAUUGGUACUGGUAUAAUUUCUACUCAACAUCUACCUCCAAUGCACGGUUGUGAGAUUACACACUUUGAUAAGGCACAGGGUCAGAUUUGCUUUCAGAACUGCAUGCAGCAGACUUUAUCUUUGUCGGAAAAGAGUUGCAGUUCACCCCAGCUAAAGUUACAAUUUAUAGUUUAAAGAAAAUGGUGAGUAAGAUUAAUGAAAAAUAUUUUGUUAAUUCUGCUUGUGCAUCUCACCAUUUUUCAUUCGGGUAUUUUUCCAGCGUUGUUUCCAUGACCUGGUUGCAGUCUCACUACUGAGUAGGACUCAAGGUUUGUAAAUUUAUAAAAAGCUAUGAUAUAGUGGGGACUUAUUUGUUAAUAGAAAAGGUGACAGGCAUUUAUUUAAGGCUAUUAAGUCCUGAUUGCAAGUGUUAAUGUUUACAUUUUCUUAGUUAUGCCUUUGUUAAAUUUCUAAUUUUAUGAUAUCCAGAAGCCCGUGAAAGCAAAUUUAUUUUGUAAAAUAAAAUAAAGGCAUCUUUUUUAAACGAAA